UCGAGAUAAAUCUCUCCCUCAUCUUUUGUGGUACCCAAUCAAUCCCCUCGACUUUGUCUCAGUCACGUCGCUUCCUCAUUUAUCUUCGGAUCUCUAUAGAGCGAAGACGUGCUUCUCUGAUUGAUUCUUUGAUUGUAAAUUGAUUUUGCGAUCAGGUAGAGCGAGUAUGAAGAUUCAUCAUCUUCUGGUGGUAGUAGUCUCUGUGUUGUUGAGCUUAGUUUUAAACGGAGAAGGUGGGAUCACAAGUAGCUACGUCCGCUCCGAAUGGCCCGCCGUUGAUAUUCCACUCGACCACCCAGUUUUCAAAGUCCCUAAAGGCUACAACGCUCCACAACAAGUGCAUAUAACACAAGGUGAUUAUGAUGGAAAGGCAGUUAUCAUCUCUUGGGUGACUCCUGACGAGCCUGGCUCCAGCACCGUCCAUUACGGCACCGUUCAGGGCAAAUACGACUUUGUGGCUCAAGGCACACACUCAAACUACACUUUUUACAACUACAAGUCUGGCUACACCCAUCACUGCCUUGUCUCUGGCCUCCAGUAUGAUACAAAGUACUAUUACAAGAUCGAAAGUGGUGAAUCUUCUAGGGAGUUUUGGUUUGUGACACCACCACAUUUACAUCCAGAUGCUUCUUACAAGUUUGGUAUCAUAGGCGACCUGGGCCAAACGUUCAACUCCUUGUCCACGCUGGAACACUACAUGAGGAGUGGAGCUCAAGCUGUGUUAUUCCUUGGAGAUCUCUCUUACGCUGACAGGUAUCAGUAUAACGACGUUGGUAUCAGAUGGGAUACUUGGGGCCGUUUUGUGGAGCGAAGUACCGCUUAUCAACCCUGGCUCUGGUCUGCUGGCAAUCACGAGAUCGAUUACAUGCCUUACAUGGGGGAAGUGACACCUUUCAAGAAUUACCUUGAGCGUUACACUACCCCAUACUUGGCUUCAAAAAGCAGUGAUCCUCUGUGGUAUGCUGUUAGGCGUGCCUCCGCUCAUAUCAUUGUCCUCUCCAGUUAUUCUCCUUUCGUGAAGUAUACACCACAGUGGAGAUGGCUUGAUGAAGAGUUCAAAAGAGUUGACAGGGAGAAAACUCCAUGGCUAAUUGUUCUGAUGCAUGCCCCUAUAUACAACAGUAACGAAGCACACUUCAAGGAGGGUGAAAGCAUGCGAGCAGCUUUUGAGGAUUGGUUUGUCGAAUACAGAGUCGAUGUUAUCUUUGCUGGACAUGUUCAUGCCUACGAGAGAUCGUACCGAGUAUCAAAUGUGCGGUAUAAUGUGUCAAGUGGAGAUCGUUUCCCGGUUCCAGAUACCUCAGCUCCUGUUUAUAUCACAGUUGGAGACGGAGGAAAUCAAGAAGGUCUUGCCGGAAGGUUUAGGGAACCACAGCCAGAUUACUCUGCAUUUAGAGAAGCUAGCUACGGGCACUCCACUCUGGACAUAAAAAACCGAACACAUGCGAUAUACCACUGGAACCGCAAUGAUGAUGGGAAGAAAGUAGCAACAGAUGAGUUUGUGUUAUACAACCAGUACUGGGGAAAGAACAUUAGACGGAGAAAGCUGAAGAAGCAUUAUAUCAAGAGUGUUAUGGUUGACUGGAUUGCCAGUUGAUUUGCUUACUAAAGUAUAGGCGAAGAUAUUCGUCCAACUCUUUACUCUUUUUCUACCAGAUCUUGAUUACUUAUAAUAUUGUUUGUGCUUAUUCAUCCAUGAAAUUUAAUAUUCUAAUAAGACAUAAACUAGCUAAAACAUAUAUACUUGCCUGUAACAGUUGUAGAGCCAGUGAUGUGCUCAGAAGUUUAAGCUUAAUGUAUUCAAGCAAGUGCA